GCAAGCUAUGAACAAACUAGAAGGCAGUAAUUUUGGCGGGCAUUCAAAUGUCAAAUUAGAUAAGAUUUUGAAUUUUUCCUUCUUCUUGAACUGCUUAAACUAAUAUAAUGUAUACUAUGAAAUUACCAACUUAUUGCAUUAUUUACAAAUUACCUUAGAGUUGAAAAAAUCGUUCUUAUAAUUGCAAAACUUUAAAUCGAUUAAUAGAGGACAAGAUCUUCAGUUUAUAUUCAGAACAAUGAGGUAGCAGAAAAAAAAUUGCAUGUUGUAUUCCAAAUCAACUAAAAACAGCAAUUAUGGGAGAUGUUGGUGUUGAAAAUAAAACAGAUUGUAUGCCAUGCAGAUUGAUAAGCGGGUUUGGUGUAUUUGGAAUAGGCAUCUACUUGCAUUUCCAAGCUCGCCACUCGAAAAACGUUUUCAGUAGACGUGUUAUUCAGGCCCUGGGAAUCGGUGUUUGUGGUAUAGGCAUCGCAAGGCUACUAGACUUGCCUCCAUUCAGAAAGGAAGAAACCGACAAAAAAUAAUUUAAAAUUGUAUCAAUAAUGAUUAUAAAGUGGAAAUAAUAGAUGACUAUUAACUUAUUAGAAAUAAAUUCAACUACAAUAGUUCUGUUUAUCAAUUAUUAUUUAUAUUUGUACAAAAAACACUGAUAUAUAAAAAAGUAAAAUCGUAUGGCUUUUGUUGGUGGGGAGUCCCUUGCGGGAGGGUCCCACCGCCUGAAUAUAUAAUUUAAGCCGUCAAUGGGCCUUACGACUGUCAUACUUCUUCAGCCGGGACCAACAGUUUAACGUGCCCAUCCGAUAACACGGGAGUGAUCUGGGUAGAAAACUUUUUGGUAUUGAGAGGGUUUGAACCCGGGAUCUCUGUGCUGCUACGCAAGCACUCUAUCCACUAGACCACGGAUCACUCCACCGUGAUAUAAUAACAUUGUUAGAUAAAAUACUAAGGCAAUCCUUGUGUUAUUCUUCUUCAAAUUCAAGUGAUGACACAAAAGUGGGUCAGGCUAUACGUUCCCUUUAUUUUUCCAAUUCAUAUACUCAACAUGAUUCAAUAAUUAAAAGUUCCAACUAGAAUAUUAUAUUUGAUUUAUCAUUGUAUCAUUGUUAUCUAUAUUAUAUUAUAUGGGUCUAUCAUUGUAUCAGCAUUUUGUAUUCUUCUAAAAUAUUAGUUGAAUAAUUAAAGUAUGUUGGUCUCAAAUAAA